CAUCUCCAAUCUCACCAUUGAAACACAUCGCACCAUUUUUACACACAAACUUCCACAGACUACACAGCACAACAUGGGCAGCCAGGCAGCACCGACCCCAUCCGGGUGUCACGGAGCCUCCAUCCCCGACAUCACAGCCAUGGGACCAGAACAAGAAUCCGUGGCAUCCUGGAGAGAGCGAUCUGGGAUUAACCCCGAGGGUCAGAUCCGGUUGGUCAAACUGUCGCAUAUGCGGUAUCAACAUCCGGAUUUGGAGGAGAUUACUACCUUCAUGAAAGACUUCGGCAUGCAGGUCGUCAAGCAGACAGACGAGGAGGUCUGGUAUCGCGGCUAUGGACCCGAUCCGUAUGUUUACUAUGCGAAAAAGGGGCCAAAGGCGUUUCUUGGGGGGACAUUUGAAGUGGAGACGUAUGAGGACUUGGAAAGGGCGUUGCAGCUCCCGAACGCGAGCGGGAUUAAGGAAUUGGUCGAUCAUCCAGGAGGAGGGCACUUGGUGACUGUGACUGAUCCUGAAGGUUAUCCCGUGAACUUGAUUCAUGGCCAAAUACCUCAGCAGCCGGGAGAGUAUCCAGAACGGCUGAUCAUCAACUACGAGACAGACAAGACACGGCUAAGAAAGUUCCAUCGAUUCAACCCCGGUCCUGCACCAGUGCACAAGCUCGGCCACUUCGGCUACUGCGUCACCGACUUCCCGACAAUGCUCAACUUCUACACCCAUCACUUCAACCUCGUCCCCACCGACUUCCUCUACAUCGAAAAAGAGCAUCAAAAACAAACCGUAGGCGUAUUCGCGCACAUCGACCGCGGCAGCACCGGCGUCGACCACCACACUCUCUUCAUGAGCGCCAACGACACCUCCCACGUCCACCACUGCUCCUUCGAAGUCCACGACUUCGACACCCAGAAACUAGGCCACUACUGGCUCGCACAAAAGGGAUACAAAUCCGUCUGGGGCGUCGGACGACAUAUCCUGGGCUCGCAGAUCUUUGAUUACUGGUGGGACACGACGGGCAAUAUGGUGGAACAUUAUGCGGAUGGGGACUUGGUUACAGAUCAGACCCCCAUUGGGUAUAUGAGGGCGGGGAAUGAGGCGUUGGCGGUUUGGGGGCCGGAGGUGCCGGCGGAUUUUAUUCAUUAGAUGAGUGGAUGAUUUGGAGGGUUAUUGGGGGGUAGUUGUGAUGUUUAGUAUUAUUUUGUAGACGAGAAGUGGCCAGUUUUGAGUAUUGCUGAUGGAAAGUGACAUGGCACUACAACGUUAGACAUACCUCUCACGAGCGACCAGGCUAGAUGUCGGGUCAAUUACUGACGCUAACUCCGGCGCGGUGCAGAUCGGCCACUUUCGUGAGCCGUGUUGUGUGACGCGCUAUGUUCAUCCUGUG